CCGCCGCCAGGUGUUCUGUGCUAUGUUGGCGCCGGGCCGGGAGCGGAGAUGCCCGCCGCGGGCCGGGAGUGAGCGAUGACCAGGCUCCUGAGCGUGGCGCACAGAGUCGCUUUGGCCGUGGUGCGCUGCAGUGGCCGCGGCUGCGGGGGCCUCAGCAUGUUCUAUGCCGUGCGGAGGGGCCGCAAGGCCGGGGUCUUCCUGACCUGGAAUGAGUGUAGAGCGCAGGUGGACCGGUUUCCUGCUGCCAGAUUUAAGAAGUUUGCCACAGAAGAGGAGGCCUGGGCCUUCGUCAGGAACUCUGCAAGCCCCAAUGGUUCGGAAGGGCAGAAAAACGAACAUGUACAAGAAUCACAAGUGAAAGCCAGCAAGCGACUCCGUGAGCCCUUGGAGGGAGACGAUGGUGAAAACGCAGAGCCAUGUGCAAAGCAUGUGAAACAGAGCACAGACUCCAUACCAUCAGUCAGCAAAGACACGUUUUCUUAUAUGGCUUGCUGCCUUCCCUUUGCCUCUGCCGAGUCCAGUCUGCUGUUCUUUGCUCCCACGCCCCUGCUCUUUAACGCCUGCAGCCUGACUUUUCCCACUGCCCUGCUGGAGCGUGCUGCUGGUCAUCACUGGCCUGAGAGUGGCCUCACACUAGUCCUUUUCUACCUUGUUCUGUACAGCAUUGGAGAAUUUGUUGUCGUCUACACUGACGGCUGCUGCUCCAGUAAUGGGCGGAGGAGGGCACGAGCAGGAAUCGGUGUUUACUGGGGGCCAGGCCAUCCUUUAAAUGUAGGCAUUAGGCUUCCCGGACGACAAACAAACCAAAGAGCAGAAAUUCAUGCAGCCUGCAAAGCCAUCGAGCAGGCGAAGGCUCGGAGCAUCAGUAAGCUGGUUCUGUACACGGACAGCAUGUUUACUAUCAAUGGUAUCACAAACUGGGUUCAGGGUUGGAAGAAAAAUGGAUGGAGAACGAGCACAGGGAAAGAGGUGAUCAACAAAGAGGACUUUAUGGAGCUGGAGAGACUUACCCAGGGCAUGGACAUCCAGUGGAUGCAUGUUCCUGGUCAUUCGGGAUUUAUAGGCAACGAAGAAGCUGACAGAUUAGCGAGAGAAGGAGCUAAGCAAUCUGAAGACUGAACGAAGUAAUUUUAAUUCUUGGGAAAACUUGAGCUGGUGACUGUUUUCUUACCUUUACUUACUGGUGUGAAAAAUGAAACUACAGGAGGACCAUCGCAGUAGAUGGGGAAACAAACUGUGAAACUAAAUCAGAAAGGCUUGGUGGCAUUCUGUGAUACUAUGUGAUAAAAAGUAGUUAAAUGUAUAAUAAAUUGAGCAUCCUUUGAGAUUUGAGAGUUAUUUGAGAUUUCAGCGUUCUGCUUUAUUGGGCUUGAUACCAUUCUCAUUAGUUUUAUUGCAGUCUGGACAAAAAUCUAGGGACUUUGAUUUAAUAAGGAUGAAUGAGACAUUGGUUAAAAAAUACA